CGGUGUGAGUGCGGCGGCUCGCUUUUUGAAUUGGCGGCGGCCGCUGAUGGCGGAUGGCGGCGGGCGGCACCGGCGCUGCUGAAGAAAGAAACAAGGCAUAAUCAUGGCUGACAACAGUACUCUUGUGUCUGAAACUGGGAGGAGCCUCUUGGCUGAUUCUUCUGUUCUUGAUUCAAAAAUUAUAGAAACCUCCAAAGAGAAUGUAUUCCGUGCUACUGUUCUGGAUGUUGAAGAAGAAAUGCCUCAAAUAGAAACAAGAGUGGUUUUGGUUCAGGAAGCAGGGAAACAUGAGGAGCUUCUGAAAGCCUUGGAGACCAUUAAGAUAAUGGAAGUACCUGUUAUAAAGAUAAAGGAAACUAGUCCUGAUAAUUCAGAAGAAAAACUAAUAAAAAGUAUUAUUCAUAUGGAAAUUAAAAUGCCCUACAUAAAGACAGACACGAUAGAAGAGCUUGGAGAUUCUGAUUCCCCAGAAUUUGAGACUAUCUUCGUUGUGUCAGAUUUCCAAGCUCCCAUCUUUAGCAACCUCUGCAAGGCAGAUUGCCGAAUCAUCGGGCCUCCGGUCGUGCUGCACUGUGCACAGAAAGGAGAGCCUUUACCUUUCUCCUGCCGUCCUUUGUACUCUGCAAGUAUGUUGAACAUGGUACUGUGCUUUACAGGAUUCAGAAAGAAAGAUGAAUUAGUUAAGCUCGUGACCUUGGUUCAUCAUAUGGGUGGAAUUACUCGAAGGGACUUCAGCUCAAAAGUUACUCAUCUGGUGGCAAACUCAACUCAUGGAGACAAAUUCAGAAUUGCUGUAAGUCUUGGUAUUCCUAUCGUGAAAGCUGAGUGGAUUUAUAAGGCAUGGGAGAAAAGGAAUGAAAUUGAUUUCUGUGCAGCUGAUGAUGACUUCAGAAACCAGUUCAAGGUUCCUCCCUUUCAGGAUUGCCUGUUAAGUUUCCUGGGAUUCUCUGAUGAUGAGAAAGCUAACAUGGAAGAAAUGACAGAAAUGCAAGGAGGACAUUAUUUACCAGUCGGUGAUGAAAGGUGUACGCACUUGGUGGUUGAAGAAAGUACAGUAAAAGAUCUUCCAUUUGAACCUUUAAAAAAACUUUAUGUUGUAAAACAAGAGUGGUUUUGGGGAAGUAUUCAAAUGGAUGCCAGAGCUGGAGAGUCUAUGUAUUUAUUUGAGAAGUCAGAGAGUCCUGACUUCAAGAAGUCGGUGUCACUGCUUUCCCUGAGCACUCCCAACAGCAACCGCAAACGGCGCCGCUUGAAAGAGACUCUGGCCCAGCUGACCAGGGAGACAGACAUGUCCCCGUUCCCUCCUCGGAAACGCCCCUCAGCUGAGCAUUCCCUCUCCAUUGGCUCCUUGCUGGAUAUUUCCAACACUCCAGAGUCAGGCACUGCCAAUGGAGAAACACCAAAAUCCUGUGCAAGGCCCUCCAAAAACUCAACUCCUCUUCCUCUCAAGCAGUCUGCAAGAUGGCAGGUUGCAAAGGAAUUGUAUCAGACAGAAAGUAACUAUGUUGAUAUUCUCACAACAAUUAUUCAGUUAUUUCAAGUUCCAUUGGAGAAGGAAGGACAACUUGGGGGACCAAUCCUUGCACAGGAAGAGAUCAAGACCAUAUUUGGCAGCAUUCCAGAUAUUCUUGACGUGCACACUAAAAUCAAGGAAGACCUGGAAGAUCUUAUGAUAAACUGGACUGAAAGCAAAAGUAUUGGUGAUAUCAUUCUCAAAUAUUCAAAAGACUUGUUGAAAACAUACCCUCCGUUUGUGAAUUUCUUUGAAAUGAGCAAGGAGACGAUUACAAGAUGUGAAAAGCAGAAACCAAGGUUUCAUGCCUUCCUAAAGAUAAAUCAAGCUAAACCUGAAUGUGGUCGCCAAAGCCUUGCUGAGCUCCUUAUCCGUCCUGUUCAAAGGCUGCCCAGUGUUGCCCUACUACUAAAUGAUAUUAAGAAACAUACAGCAGAAGAGAACCCAGACAAAAUAACUCUAGAGAGAGCUAUUGAGUCAUUAAAGGAGGUGAUGACACACAUUAAUGAAGACAAAAGAAAAACAGAGGCCCAAAGGCAGUUCUUUGAUGUCGUCUAUGAAGUGGAUGGAUGUCCAGCCAAUCUCCUGUCCUCCCACCGCAGCUUGGUUCAGCGUCUGGAAACUGUAGCACUUGGGGAUGACCUCUGUGACAGGGGAGAGCAGGUCACACUCUUUCUGUUCAAUGAUUGCCUAGAGAUUGCAAGGAAACGGCAUAAAGUUAUUGGAGCUUUCAAGAGUCCCCAUGGCCACACAAGGCCUCCUGCAUCUCUCAAGCAUGUUGUUCUCAUGCCUCUCUCCCAGAUCAAGAAAGUCUUGGACAUCAGGGAGACAGAAGAUUGCCAGAAAGCUUUUGCCUUAGUUGUGAGGCCACCUACAGAACUCAACAACAAGCUGCUCAGUUUCCAGAUGACAACUGAAGACCCUCGCAAGGAGGACUGGCUGAAGAUGUUGUGUCGGCACGUGGCCAACACUAUUUGUAAAGCAGAUGCAGAAAAUCUCAUUUAUGUUGCUGAUCCUGAUUCAGUUGAAGUAAAUACUAAAGAUAUGGACAGCACUUUAAGCAGAGCAUCCAGGGCAAUAAAGAAAACAUCAAAAAAGGUCACAAGAGCCUUUUCUUUCUCCAAAACACCUAAGCGAGCUCUCCGCAGGGCUCUGAUGUCUCACAGUGCCACAGAAGGGCGGAGUCCCAGCUCUGCUAACGAGAGUUACAUCGGCAGCCGCCUGACCAGCACCUCGUCCCUAGCGGGUGUUCCUUCUCCUUCCUUGGUCAGCCUUCCCUCGAUCUUUGAAAGGAGGAGUCACACAUUGAGCCGAUCAACAACCCACUUGAUAUGA